GCAUGAUUUACAAAAAUUAAGGUUGCAAUAAACAUGAAGUUUCAUAAAUUGUUAGGGUCGGUUUUGAGGUUUUUGAGAAUCUUAAGGUUUUGCGUUUAGAAGCUUCAAGAACAGAGGAACCAAAACGCAGAGCAGAAGCAAACCCUAGCUCACGAAAUGGCGGAGAAAAUGGCACCGGAGAAGCGCCAUAGCUUCGUUCACAAUGGUCAGAAAGUGUUUGAAUGGGAUCAAACCCUAGAGGAGGUAAAUAUGUACAUAAGUUUACCCCCAAAUGUUCCUUCAAAGCAAUUUUUCUGCAAAAUUCAGUCGAAGCACGUUGAAGUCGGCAUCAAAGGCAAUCCUCCGUACCUCAAUCAUGACCUUUCUUGCCCGGUGAAGACGGACUGUUCUUUCUGGACACUAGAGGAUGAUAUAAUGCACAUAACACUGCAAAAGAGGGCCAAAGGUCAGACAUGGGCAUUACCUAUAGUAGGUGAGGGUCAGCUCGAUCCUUACUCCACGGAUCUUGAACAAAAGCGCCUUAUGCUUCAGAGAUUUCAAGAAGAGAACCCAGGGUUUGAUUUCUCACAAGCCCAGUUCACUGGAGGCUGCCCUGAUCCAAGGACCUUUAUGGGCGGUAUCCGCUCUGAUUGACGAGUUUGCUGCAUCAGUUACCUUUAUUAGCCAGCUGGUUCUGAAACCCCUCGAUCCCGAUAUCCUCCAAACACCGGGAUGGGCACGUGUUGGCCGACACCCGAAGGUGACGAGUCCAUUUUAACAUGCAUGUAAGUUAUGAAGAAAAGAACGAACGUAACUAAAAUAUGUAGCUUUAAAUAUAAUGAAAAUGUAGCCUCCGGAUCAAUUGAAACACAAGCCCAGCAGUCAAAAUCAAAUAACAUACCAGUGAUCACUUUGGGGUCCA